AAGUGACAGAGCCAGGAUUUGAACCUAGAUCAUCAGGCCCCCCAAACUCAACCACUAAAAGAGAAAGAAGCAGAGAGAAAGACCAGGGGCCCCAGGAGGAAGGUGACAGCAGAUAGUCUCUAGGGGCGGGGCUGUGGCUUCUCUGAUCUCAGGUCCCCCUCCUCCACCCAGGCUCCACCCCUGCCCCUCCCAGCACUGCCUGGAAGUGUGGUGUGAGAGCUCCUCCUAGUACACCCCUUUCCCUUGGGGACAGAAUUGUGCCCCCAGGUACAACCCAGCAGAGGACCCCCUCCUUCCUCAUUGAGAUCAUUCUUGAGGCAGAGAGUGCCUUGGCCUAUAUCCCCACCUACCUGGCCCCCGGGGCCCCCUGGCCCCACAGCAAUCAAGUGAGAUGACCGUCAAGCUGGAUUUUGAAGAGUGUCUCAAGGACUCACCCCGCUUCCGAGCCUCUAUCGAGUUGGUGGAAGCUGAAGUGUCAGAAUUGGAGACUCGUCUGGAAAAGCUCCUCAAGCUGGGAACUGGCCUUCUGGAAAGUGGACGCCAUUACCUUGCUGCCAGCCGCGCCUUCAUUGUUGGCAUUUGUGAUCUGGCCCACCUGGGUCCACCAGAACCCAUGAUGGUGGAGUGUCUGAACAAAUUUGCUGUAAGCCUGAACCACAAGCUGGACAGCCAUGCAGAGCUUCUUGAUGCCACCCAGCACACGCUACAGCAGCAAAUCCAGACCCUGGCCAAGGAAGGUCUCCGGGGUUUCCGAGAGGCUCGCAGGGAUUUCUGGCGGGGGGCUGAGAGCCUAGAGGCUGCUCUUACCCACAAUGCUGAGGUCCCUCGGCGCCGUGUCCAAGAGGCAGAAGAGGCUGGAGCUGCUCUGAGGACUGCUCGAGCUGGGUACCGGGGACGAGCGUUGGAUUACGCCCUGCAGAUCAAUGUGAUUGAAGACAAGAGGAAGUUUGACAUCAUGGAGUUUGUGCUACGUUUGGUGGAAGCCCAGGCUACCUAUUUCCAGCAGGGCCAUGAGGAACUGAGCCAACUGGCCCAGUAUCGCAAGGACCUGGGUGCCCAGUUGCACCAGCUGGUCUUGAAUUCAGCACGAGAGAAGAGGGACAUGGAACAGAGACAUGUGCUACUGAAACAGAAGGAACUAGGUGGGGAAGAGCCAGAGCCAAGCCUAAAGGAGGGGCCUGGUGGCCUUGUCAUGGAAGGACAUCUCUUCAAACGGGCCAGCAAUGCAUUUAAGACCUGGAGCAGACGCUGGUUCACCAUUCAAAGCAACCAACUGGUUUACCAGAAGAAGUACAAGGACCCUGUGACAGUGGUAGUGGAUGACCUUCGCCUCUGUACAGUGAAACUCUGCCCAGACUCAGAAAGGCGGUUCUGCUUUGAGGUGGUGUCCACAAGCAAGUCCUGCCUCCUCCAGGCUGACUCUGAGCGCCUCCUGCAGCUUUGGAUCAGUGCUGUACAGAGCAGCAUUGCCUCUGCUUUCAGCCAGGCUCGCCUUGAUGAUAGUCCACGUGGGCCAGGCCAGGGCUCUGGACACCUGGCCUUGGGCUCUGCUGCCACACUGGGAUGUGGUGGAAUGGCGAGAGGAAGGGAGCCUGGGGGAGUUGGGCAUGUGGCAGCCCAGGUACAGAGUGUAGAUGGCAACGCCCAAUGCUGCGACUGUCGGGAACCAGCCCCAGAGUGGGCGAGCAUCAACCUUGGUGUCACCCUUUGCAUUCAGUGCUCCGGCAUCCACAGGAGCCUUGGUGUUCAUUUCUCCAAAGUCCGAUCCCUGACCCUAGACUCGUGGGAGCCAGAACUAGUAAAGCUUAUGUGUGAGCUGGGAAAUGUUGUCAUCAACCAGAUCUAUGAGGCCCGUGUGGAAGCCAUGGCAGUGAAGAAGCCAGGGCCUACCUGCUCCCGGCAGGAGAAGGAAGCCUGGAUUCAUGCCAAAUAUGUGGAGAAGAAGUUCUUGACCAAGCUUCCUGAGGUUCGAGGCCAAAGAGGUGGCAGGGGGCCUCUAAGGGGGCAGCCUCCUGUGCCCCCAAAGCCUUUCAUCAGACCCCGGCCAGGGAGCUUCAGAUCCAAGCCAGAGCCCCCCUCUGGUGACCUGGGCCACCUGCACCCUGGGGCCCUGUUGUUUCGUGCUGCUGGGCAUCCUCCAUCCCUUCCCACCAUGGCUGAUGCCCUUGCCCAUGGAGCCGAUGUCAACUGGGUCAAUGGAGGUCAGGAAAAUGCCACACCGCUGAUCCAGGCCACAGCUGCUAAUUCUCUUCUGGCCUGUGAGUUUCUCCUUCAGAAUGGGGCAAAUGUGAACCAAGCAGACAGUGCCGGCAGGGGUCCACUUCACCAUGCAACCAUUCUUGGCCACACCGGGCUCGCUUGCUUAUUCUUGAAACGAGGAGCUGAUCUGGGGGCUCGGGAUUCUGAAGGCAGGGACCCUCUGACCAUUGCCAUGGAAACGACCAAUGCUGACAUCGUCACCCUGCUACGAUUGGCAAAAAUGAGGGAGGCUGAAGCGGCCCAGGGCCAGACAGGAGAUGAGACAUAUCUUGACAUCUUCCGCGACUUCUCUCUAAUGGCAUCAGACGACCCAGAGAAGUUGAGCAGGCGCAAUUACGAUCUCCAUACGCUUUGAUCCCAAGCCUUGGGGGCCCUGCACCUCUGGCCCUGCCCCUCCCCACCGCCAGCUUCUUUGCCAUUAAAGCCUCAGUGUCUUGC